GUUGAUUCCGGGAUCUAUUUUUCAAAUGAUAACUAUAUCCGAGAGAGCUGUUACCGACCUAGAUACUAGUGGAAUUCACGGGUUGGAAGCGUUGCAUCAGUCUCUGCAUAAAAAGGAAAUCAAGCUUGUUGUAGCAAAUCCUGGACCGGUUGUGACAGAGAAGCUGCAUUUGUCUAAUUUUGUAGAGUUGAUUGGGGUGGAGAACGUGUUUCUCACUGUUGCAGAUGCUGUUCGCAGGUGUUCUCCCCCUGCAGGACCAUGAAAGAUG